AUGGCGACCGUGCGUAAACAAGCGCUAGAUGACCUGCUAUCAGCAGUACAAAUCUCAUUCCGACACUCUCGGCACAACAUCAUACAAGCAUGGCUCUAUGUGCCAUUUGGAAUAAUUCUAAUGCUAUUGGCCUGCUUCGGAGUUAACAAGUUAUUUGGACUUGGGUCUGUGGCCUUUCCGUCGUCGGUAGCAUGUCUCGUCAUUCUUUUCUUGGCCUUGCUACUAUCCGAACAAGUGCUCGGCGAGCAUCGGACGAAGCGCAUCGUUGGUGUUAUUGAAAUUCCAGGCGGGUGGGCAUUACGAUGGAUCAAUGUAUUGUUCACACCCUCAUUCGUUCUACUACCCCUGAGUCCAUCAAUAGGGGGAAUUGAGGUCCUCAAGAUAAUCGCUGUCUUCAUAAUUGGUUUUGUCGUCAUGAUGGGCCUCGCAGCAUACAUGACCCGAGCCCUCCAGCUUCUUCUAGGAUCAUCAAAAAGAGCCAUGACAGCACGAGCAGAAGAGCUCAACCCUAGUAGCGACGAGAUACCUAUGACAACUUUACCAGCAUCCGCAGGGACCUCCACCCCAGCAGAGAUCUCAGACCAACUGUCAUCAGACGAGGUAGACCUACAACGCCCGCUACCAUCCCAAGACGCCGCCCCGGCCCAUCGAGCAGAACCCUCCCCCCCCACAACCCCAAGCCCCGAAGCCGAGCCCCCAACCCUCCCACCCCAAGCCCCAAUCCCACCAUCCCGCUCGGUCCGGUGGGCCGCAAUACUAACCACGCGCCUCGACCUCCUCACCUACAGCACCCUCUUCCUCCUCGUCGGGGUGCCAGUAUACUACACAACGAACUACGCCAUGCCGCUACACCUAACCGUCAACAUCCUAACCUACAUGUUCGCGACCUCCCUCCCGCCAACCUGGCGCACCUACCUGCACCCCGUGCUCCUAUGCUCGCUCCUCACAGCACUAACCAUCUACAUCCUCGCGCUCCCGCAAACCCACUCCCUCAGCACCGUGCUCACGCAAUACAAAACCGGAACCUCCUACACCACUCUCUGGAGCCCCCGCACCACAACCCCCCUCCCACCCCCCGGCGCAGGCGACAUAUUCGCCUCCAUCCUCGACGCCUCCAUCAUCUCCUUCGCGCUGCCGGUAUACCAAUACCGCCGCGAACUCCGACAACACCUCACCGCGAUCCUAGUCCCCACCAUCGCCAUCAGCAUCGGCUCGCUGUUCGCAUACCCGCCGAUCUGCCACGCCAUCGGCAUCAGCGCGCCGCGCAGUCUCGCCUUCGCGGCCCGCAGCCUGACGCUUGCGCUUGCGGUGCCGGCGACGGCGAAUUUGGGCGGCGAUGUGAAUACGGUUGCGGCGCUGGCGAUCAUGAGUGGGAUCCUGGGCGUCCUGGUUGGACGGAGGGUUUUGGGCUGGUUGAGGAUUCCGGAGGAUGAUUAUGUGACCCGUGGCGUAACCCUCGGUGCCAAUUCAUCGGCUAUUGCGGCGGCUUUGCUGCUGCGUACCGAUCCCCGAGCCGCGGCGCUUUCAAUCCUGUCGAUGAGCCUGUUUGGCACCAUUACGGUUCUUUUCACCUCGAUUCCGCCGAUGACGGUGGUGAUACAGUCGUUGGUUGGGAUGUGA